GUGUCGCAGAUUCUUUUCAAAUCAAACGGACACGCCGGAAACUUCCGAGUUGCGGCAUUUGAAUGACCAAUUAAACUGUUGGGACGACCACUUGGUGGUCGUGCUGGAAGCGGGACACCCGUUAGCGGUUCUCGCUAGCUCGGCAAGAGGCGGAGAUAAGACGCCACUUUUUUUGGCAGGUCGGAGACGCGCGCGCUGAUGGAGCUGUCAGCCAUCGGCGAGCAAGUGUUUGCCGUGGAAUCAAUCGUCAAGAAAAGAGUUCGGAAGGGGAACGUGGAGUACCUGUUGAAAUGGAAAGGAUGGCCUCCAAAGUACAGCACAUGGGAACCUGAGGAACACAUUCUGGAUCAGCGUUUAGUCCAAGCCUACGAAGAGAAAGAGCAGAGGGACAGGAUGCUGAGUCACAAGAGGAAAGGAUCCAAGGCCAAAAGACUCCUGCUGCAGAAUACGGUCUAUACCAUGGACCUUCGCAGUGCUCACAAGACCACGGACACGCCCCGACCACGUUUACGUCUCUCCCUAACCCGCUCACUGGGUCUGGAUGAGGAAGACGAGGAUGAGGAAGAUGAGGGGAACGAGGAGGAAGAUGAAGAGGAAGAAGAGGACCAGUCGUACAGUGACUGCAGUCAGUUGCUUUGUCACAACAACAACAAGCGGAGGCCACAGAACCAAUGUCUUGACUCGAGGCCAGUGAGUCCAGCACAAGACGACUGUAAAAGCGAAGGUCAAAAGAGGGCAGGCAAGUGGAGCUCUACUAUUGGCCGAGUGGACAUGACCGACGCAGUCUGGAGACCUAUCAUUGGUCCAGGAGAGGUGACGGUCACAGACGUCACCCUCAACUCUCUCACCGUGACUUUCCGAGAGUCACAUGCGGCCAAAGGCUUCUUCCGAGUGUGGGGGCUGGAAGUUUGAAGAACGAGAGCCAAGGUUUGGGGCAAAGAGGGAUUAUUAGUGUCAAUGUGUACUCUCUCGUUGUCAACUUCCAGUCCAGUCUGUGCUUUGUUUUCAUACACCUAAACAGGAACUGAAAGGUGUAAAAUGGAAGUGAGGUUAGACACGCGUGCAUGUGUGUUGCUAACAUACACAUACGCUGUAUGUUGGCAAUGCUAAAGAAACAAAGAAGCCAAUAUGAACAGUGAUUCAAUGUUUAGUGUCUAUUUCCAAGUUUUAAGUUUUACAGUAGAUCUCUGCUAUUUGCCAGGGUUAUGUUCUAAGACCACCCAUAAAUGUGAAUAAUGAACGCGUCUAUUUGAUUCUCUAAACACUAUUACAUGCCUCACAGUUAUUAAACUCAUUUAAAUUUUAAGUGCACACAUUGGAAACAUUACAGGCAUAAAGUAUACAGUAUUGUCCUGUAUUGUGAACGUGCAGUUACGCAACAUCGCGUCUAGUCAAAGCGUCUUCAUGCUGGAAGAAAUUGAGUGAAUUAACGUGUGACACAGCACUCUCUGUUGGAUUCAUAGCUGCAGCACUCCUUUUUCCCCAGUAGUAUUUUAUCUUCUAUCUAUGCAUAUUAGUGAGCAAUAUGUAGUAUUUCCAUCUAUCCAUUUUCUACCGUGUGUCCCUCUUAGGGUCGCGGGGGGUGCUGGAGCCUAUCUCAGUAUUUAUUACUAUUUUUUGUUUUUCAUUACGCUUUACUUCUGUUACUGUAUGUAAAAACAUGCAAUGCAACAACGUAAUUUCCCCAUUGUGGGUUAAAUAAAGGUCUGUCCUAUUGUA